AAUUGACAGAAUGCUGCAGCUCUGCUAUUGAGCCAAUAAGUUUUUGUUUUUUACAGAGACAUUGACCUGGUGCACUGCUGACUGCGGCUUUGACGUUCGUCCAGUCCAGCUUAACAAAUAGGAUUAUAGCGAAGAGAAAGAAAAAUCUCCCCAGUAAAGUCCCAUCUGCUCACCUGACAGGAAGGACCCGGAGCUGGAAGUCUCUCACUGUUUUGAUAGACAAUCUCGUGGAUGGACGAGCUAGAAAAAGAAGUCCCUGAUGACUUGACAAGGCAUAAAUAAGCAAAUUUGGGGAGUUAGAGGUUUUCAAGAAAUGUCCCGAAACUGCUGGCUGUUGGCGCUAUGGGUGCUCGGAGUUGUGCUUUUCUCAGGAUUCAUUUUCACAGAGACAGACACCAUCGUUGACUGGUUGUUGAAAUCGGACGAGGUCAUGGACUCGGAUCGGCUGUUGUACAGAGAGCACACCGCUCUGACUCGAAGGAAAAGGAAUAUUUUGUUUCCUAAUGGAGUCAAAGUUUGCAGCCAAGAGACCUUAGAGCAAGCCAUUGCCAACCACCGCACCUACUUCCACCUGAGAGUGUGUCAGGAGAUGGUGUGGGAAGCCUUUAAGAUCUUUUUGGACCAUAUUCCGGAGCAGGAUGAGUACCAGGACUGGGUUGCCCGCUGCGUGAAUGGUUCCAUCAACAUCACAGAGAUUGGCAGCUUCUUCAGCCAAUCAGAGGAACACAUCAGUCUCAUCAAGAGCAGGGUUGCCAUGGCAACUGCAAUGAACAGUGUGUCCGUCACCUCGGGACCGACUCCGUGCAGCUCUGAACCAACAAAGGUUGGGGCUGAAGAAUCAGUGACAAAGACUUUAGCAGAAGAUGAUGUCACCAUCAUUGUUGGGUCCAAACCAGAUGUACCUGACCAACAUGGCCUGUCUCCUACUUAUGAGGUCACUAUUCAAACACCGCCUCCUUCUGCAACCGAAGGGUCGAUUCAAGAGAGUCCUUCAAAACCACCUAUAGAGAUACCUUUGGCGAUGACCUCUGUCCCUGAUGUUGCUGUCACUUUAGAGCACACUGAAGGUGCUUCAGAGACUAAGGAUGGUACGACUGUCAUUGCUGACAUUACUGAGGUUCCCUUGGACUCAGAAGUAUUAGAUGUUGUGGAUAUAUCUGAGAACACUAUGGAGGUUCCUACAGAGGUUGCUGAGUUUGUUACCCACACAUCCUUUGAUGGGAUGAUUCAGGAAGUUGGUGAAAGCAAAACUGUUCCUGAAACACCAGCAGAGAAGGUUGUAGUAGAAGAUAAGAAGAUCCAUGAGGAUCUUCCAGAAGAUGUAAAUGUAUCUGAUUCUGGGAUGACUGAAGCAACUACUUUAGAACAUAUGAAGCCAUAUUCAGAGGUUGUGGUUAAUUUGGUCUCUACACAGGUCACUGUUGUGUUUCUUCCAAAGCCCACCUCUGCCCCUGAUUCAGAAGCUGUCACAGUGGUAGAAGCAGGUAAGGAUAGAAUAGUAGACACUGAUUCUCAGGCCCAAUUAGAUGUUGAGGCAAGAUAUAUACUAGAGACAACUGUGAAGGACAUUAUUGUCCCUGAAACUCAGGACUCCUUGGAUAGUAUCUCAGACCUAAAUAUGAUUGAAGUGAUUACUGAGGACAAAACGGGACCCACCGAGAAUAUCGUUGAACCAAUCGAUGAGAGACUGCAAUUUGAGGAGGCAGUUGUGGAAAAACCGGAAGAAGAACUACAGGAACCACAUGAAGAACACCCUUCUAAUGCCCCUGUAGAUGUUAGCCAAGGUGAAGUUCAAGUUGGGACAGGAGCAGAUCUGACUGAAAUUUUGACAAGAGAAAGUGUUACAAUAUUCACAAAACAGGAAAAUCGCUCAGAAACAGAGACUUCCACCAAGUCCAUUACUUUAGUCACAACAGACAAAAUCACAGUUGAAGUUAGUGCAGAUGCAGGAGAAGACAUACUACAAGUAGACAAACCAACACCAUUGGCUGAGGUUACUUCUGAACCCAUCAUAGCGAUCAUACAAGAUGACAAGGACCAAGACUUCGCCCGUGUCCCAGAGGACACGUUAGAGGAAGAAACAUCAAUUACGGAUGUAACUGCUGAUGAAGAAAUUGGAACAAAAAUGCCAGAAGAGAUAAGAGUGGAAGACAAACCCACAGUUGAGACUGAAAAUGAGAUAGCAGUAGCUGCUGUUGAAUCCCAUGAGAUGGCAACAACAAAGUUAAUGGAAACAGUUUUGGAAGAAACGGCAAUAGAAGAACUUGGAGUUGAAACAGAAGACUUCACUGAGGCAGAGGAAGAAAUGGGACGUACAAAAGUAGGUACAAUAGAAAAGACUUCUGAGGAACCAGAGGAGGUCACAGUGACAGUGGAAGAUACAGUAGAAGCACCAAUAAAUGCUACAAUAGACAGAGAAGAAGAGUCAUUUGGAGUUACAGAAGAAACACCAAUUAUUGAAAAAGACCAAGUAGGUACAGUAGGAGAAUCUAAAGAAGAAACAAAAGAUGAAAUGAUUGAAACUACAGAAGAACCUCAUGGAGAUGAAGAAAUUAUGGUGCCUCCUAUGAUACCAACAGGAGAAGAAGGAGGUGAUGGAGCAGAAAGUGCAGAAGAAACGGAGCUUUCAGCAGAAACUGUACAAAAAGCUGAUCAUGUAGUAGAAAGGGCAGAAAUAUCCGAACUUCCAAAAGUAGAAGAAAGUGCAGAAGAGACACAAACCACAACGGACGCUGCAGAAGAAGAGGAACCUGAAGCAUUACCUGACAGAGGAAAAACAGAUUUAGGAAUAGAAUCUGCAGAUAAAACACAAGAAGGAGUCGGGAGCAAAGAACCAUGGGAACAUAUGGGAGAAGAGGUGACUCCUACAUCCCUGGAAGAGAUAAUGGAAGAAGUUGAUGAACCAGAAGCAAAUGAAACCAAACCAGAAGUUACACAGGAGGUCAUUCAGGAGAUUACUGAGGAAACCCCAACAGACUCUGGUGAGGCUAUAACACCAGUUGUUGUCAUUCCAGAGCACACAGAAGAACUACCACCACAGACUGAAGUUAUGGAAACACCUGAACCUGAUGGAGAUGGGACCCCACAGGUAAUAAUGGAACCCACAGUACAGUCUGGCGUAGAUCUUACACCAAAAUCUACAAGGGAGAGCGCUACACCAUUAACUGAGACAAAGCCAGCAAGAGGGGUUCCAGUAUCUGAAUCUUUUCCAGAUGUUAAAAGAGAAUCUCUCCCAGUGGAUCCAAGCGAAACAUCUCCAGAGGCAAUGAUCAAGAAGCCCACAGAAAUGGUAACCACUGAAGCCAAGGACACUACACCUUCUUCACCUAAUCAAGAUAGAUCCUCAAAUGACAGCAUCCAGGUUUCUCCAACAGAGGUGUUCUCCAAGGAUGUUGAAGGUAACGUCACAGAUGAUACAACAAUUGAGGAGGCAAAGAAAAUCAUGACAGAGGCUCCAGUCAAAGCUAUACCUGAUGUCUUUGAUGAAAUCACACCAGAAACCAACAUAGAAGUCACUGUGGAGAGCAUGCGAGAUGUUACGGUGGCUGUUACUGAAGAGGCCUCGUCUGGUACCACUUUGAAGGUCACAACUGAGUAUGUAGUGGAGUUCAAUAAUGGCAAUUUCCCAGAGCCGACAGAGGGAGUGUACGACUCAGAUGAUAACUUACUUGGAAACAACGGUUUUGGUUUGGAGGACGAGCAGGAGAAAACGAUUGGUAACGAGAUCGGCGACACCUUGUUGCGACCCACAAAACCCCUGAAGGACCAGGUGAUGGAGCUGAGCAUCAAGCUAAGAGGAGAAACCUACAAUGAUGCUCUCAGAGACCCGAGCAGCUUCCCCUACCAGCAACUGGCCAGACAUUUCAAACGCAGGAUUGAAGACGCCUUUGGGAGACUUCCAGGUUUCAAGAACGUCCACAUUAUUGAAUUCAGGCCGCAGAAAGACUUGGAAAGGGGUUUGGUGGUUCUGGUUCACUAUGCCAUCACCCUGGAGGUGGACAGUGGCGGCAUCUCCAGUGACACACUGAACUUCAUCACUCUGCACAACAACUUGCUGGAAAAGACCGACCCCACUGCCCCUGAGGACCCCACCGUCGUCAACACCAUCACCGAUUUCCGCAACUACUUCAUCACAGAGGCGCAGAAGAAAGACGAUUUCCUGAUCAACAGCAGCGUGAGCACUGAGGCCAGCCCGCUGCAGCUGGAGAACGCAGAGAACAUGUUGCCUUCAAGAAUCCCUACGAGCCAGCCGGACACUACCUACGACAACAUGGACAAUGUCCUGGCUUCCGAGAAGCCACCCGAUGCUCCCAGCCAUGAAGGCGACGGCAGCGAUGAGUUCUCGAAAACAGAAGACUUCCUGUUUGACCCCUUUGACACGUGGAAGGGUCAGCAGAGCAAGACAUCAAGCAAGAAUGACGUCUUCAUGUUGAAGAGACUGGAAGUGCCACCACCACCUGCAAUGGAGAGAACUGAGGAGGACGAUGGCAAUGAGGAAGAGCUGCAAGCCAGAGACGGCAAUUUCAUUCCUGUCAUGGUUGAGCCCACACAUGCUGCAUCUUUAGAGAUGACAACCGAGCCUCCAUUUGUGGACUUGAAGGAGGAGGAAAUCAUUGAUGAACCUUAUUUGGACUGGGUCCUAGUUACACCGAACGUCGGCACAGAUUUACUGCAGAAGACCACGACUCAGGCACCUGUUUUCUCUUCCGCAGGAACCGUGAUGGUCGAGCUGUCUGUGCAAACAGCGGCAACCCCCAGCGUCUAUGACGACGUGUACUCAGUGGCAUCCCACACUGUAACUACGUUAAUCACAAAUUCUCCUCAAACUGGAGCUUGGACGAACAAAACCCCAGUUUUUGCGAAACUUACCGAAGCAGCAACGGAGUCUCGAGAAAUCACAGAUAAACUACCCCAAAUGGAAAACACUACUGAGGCAGGGGUCAGUGUUUCUGUGGUUACACUUAGUCCUACAGCAAAAGAACCUGAGACUGAGAUAAAAAACAUCAGUGAACCUGAAGUACACAAAGUCUCUGAUACCAACACUUCUCAAGAGCCUCGUACCAUUAUCCAAGUGCAAUCAGUCACCAUUAUGGGGUCGGACAUUGAUUUACAAACCAAAGAACCACCAGAAAUCCAAACAUUUACUGAAAAACCCAAGUUGCUGUCACCAGAAAGCGUUCUCCAUGGUGACGUAGAGAUUUUUGAGGAGCAACAUAUUGACAUCCCUGAUGCAACCACAACCUCAUUACCGGAUGACGAAGUCCCAGAUGAGGAUCUGACUGUGGAUGAAGUCAUGGUCAUCGCACCGACAACGGCUGCCCCAUUCAUUGUCUCACACAUUGGUUUAGACGGAAGAAUCACUGGCUUCUCACCUGGGAAGGACUCUCCCUUGACUCUUGUGUCACAUUCAGGCCCAGAAGACGAGGAACCUAUCCAUCAAGAGGAGAAAUAUCGUGAAGAUAUAUCCUCGAGUAUUCCCUCUUCAACUGUGUCUCAUUUAACUCCGUCUGUGGUGUUGAGGAAAAUGGAAAGCACUCCAACCAUGAUGCCAGUGUCUGAUGGAGAUGUGGUGAAUGCCUUGAAUGAAACUCUGGAAGAGGAAACAGAGAGCUCCAUCCUUCUACAGACGACUUCCUCACCGCCCAAUGUCAAUGACAGCACCCCCUCAGCAGAAGUACUUGGCCAGGAUUUUGCCUAUAGCCCAAGUAUUGUCACGUUUGAUGUGUUCCAGUAUGGUGGCGUAGAGACAGAAGGUGACAGCAGUGGCUUCUCCAGUGAGGCACUAGGGUCGGACAUGCAGGCCGUUGCCAUGCCAGUCAGACCUGGAAGGGCUCUGACAGUGUUCUUCAGACUCAAAGUGACUAACAUGGCAUUUUCCAUGGACCUCUUCAACAAGAGCUCACCUGAGUACAAGGCUCUGGAGCAAAGGUUCUUGCAGCUGCUGGUUCCAUACCUGCAGUCCAAUCUGAACAACUUUCAGAACCUAGAGAUCCUCAACUUCAGGAACGGCAGCAUCGUAGUGAACAGCAGGAUGAGGUUUGGUAAGCCAGUCCCAAAGAGUGUCACCAACGUUGUCUAUCUUAUCCUGGAGGACUUUGCCAACACGGCUUAUCAGACCAUGAACCUGGCAAUCGACAAGUAUUCGCUGGAUGUUGAAUCAGGUGACCGGGCGGAUCCGUGUAAGUUCCAGGCGUGUAACGACUUUUCGCAGUGCAUGGUGAACCAGUGGUCCGGCGAGGCCGAGUGCGUGUGCGAUGCCGGUUACCUGAGCGUGGAUGGCCUGCCGUGUCAGAGCAUCUGCGAAGUGCAACACAACUUCUGCCUCAACGAUGAAUGUGACGUCAUCCCCGGAAAGGGCGCCAUCUGCAGGUGUCGGGUCGGAGAGAACUGGUGGUACCGCGGUGAGCACUGCGAGGAGUACGUGUCCGAGCUGUUGGUGAUGGGCCUCGCCAUCAUCUCAGUGGUCUGCUUCCUCAUGGUUCUGGCUGGCAUCAUCCUCUUCCUGACUAGGACUCUGAGAGACCAGUACGAUGAAGAGGACAGCGAGGACCCGCUACGACGUGGUGACAGCAUGGCCAAACUGGAGCGUGCCCCAAGUUAA